AUGUACAGAAUAUCAAGCACUAGUCGAUUCUCUGAUGAAUUUUUGGUCAACUUGUCACCGACCGUGAAAUCUCCAGCUACUGAUGACGAUGACCUGCUGCAACCUGUGUCUGAUUAUCGGAUUUUGGAUGGCAACAAGAAGGAAGUCCCUUCUCCUUCUCAGCAGCAGCAGCACAAGAAGUCUAGAGGGGAGAAUAAAACAUUUUCCUAUGAUUAUAUCCUGAAAACUAACGGUGAUAUUGUUGGACAAUCUUCACUAGAUGAAGGGAACAAAAUCGAGAAGAGAUGGAGAAGAGAUAGGAUUCGAAUGAGCAAAACCGCAGGAGAAGGGUUUCAAUCUCUCUCGAUAUUGCAUUCUCUACCCAAUGUUUUCUUUGAAUUCGAAGAAUGUGCAUCACUGUCGAGCAUUCCUCGUGGUAAAUGGUAUUGUAAAUAUUGCCAGAACAUGUUCCAAAGGGAGAAGUUUGUGGAGCAUAAUGCUAAUGCUGUAGCAGCCGGAAGAGUUUCAGGAGUUGAUCUUAUUGAACAGAUAACCAAGCGCUGCAUUCGAAUUGUCAAAAAUCCAGAAGAUGCUGAGGUCAUUGCAUGUGUUUUGUGCAGAGGUUAUCAGUUUAGAAAAUCUGGAUUUGGUCCACACACAGUAAUAGUUUGUGAUCAGGUACUCUCUGUUCUUUAUGUUAGUUCCUUUUUUUUUUAAUUUAUUUAUUUUUUCAUCUGAGUUACAAAGUGAUUUGAAUCAUAGUUGUCAAAUUAUGAAUCGAAAUUUCCUUUUUGUUGAAUUGUGAAUCGAUUUGGGUUGCAAACCGUAAAGAUUCUGUUUUAAUUUUUGAUACAUAAAAAUAUAUCUAAACAUAUAGAUAUUAAAGAUACACUAUAAAUAAAUGAAUUGCUUCUUUUAAAUGAUGGACAUGGGUGUAAUAGGGAAGAUGCUUCUGUCUAUGUUUAGUUUCAUAUAUUACG